UAAAUCCUGACACUGGCUUCAAGAUGAUCCUCCUGCUAGGGUUGGUGAUGCUGACAGGAUGUGCUGAAAGUAUUGAAGAUAUGUCAGGUCGGAUGUUCCUUUUCCCACAGCAAACCAACACUGCUCGUGUGAAGCUGAACAUAGCACAACAGGUUUUAAGUGAAGUUACUCUCUGUCACAGGACCUUUACUGACCUCAAAAGAGACCACGUCCUCUUCUCUCUGGCCACAUCCUCCAUCCACAAUGGCUUCCUGAUUUUUUGGGAUGGUCCAAAUCAGGAGAUGACGCCUCACAUUAGGGAUAAAAAGGUAGCAUAUGCAGGGUUCGACUACAAGCCGAACAUGUGGCACUCCAUUUGUACCACAUGGGACUCUGAGUCUGGACUGGUGCAGAUGUGGUUUGAUGGAAUACCCUCGAUUAGGAGAUCCACCAUCACUGGGUCCAGCAUCCAAGGACCCAUGAUGAUUAUUUUAGGACAGGAGCAGGAUUCCCUCGGUGGGGGAUUUGACAUUAACCAGUCUUUCGUUGGCAUGAUAUCGGACGUCCACAUGUGGGACAACAUCCUCCACUCCUGCGAGAUCCAGAACUAUGUGGAUGAACGCCAAUUCACUCCAGGGAAUGUGAUCAACUGGAAUGCACUGGACUUCCAGAUUGUAAACAAUGUGUUGAUUGAGCAAAAAUCUAAGUCAUGUAUCAGGAAACAAACAUUCAGAUGCACUGAGAAAUGGGGAAGCUGUGAAAGUAGAAGAGUCUUCCCUAUUCACUGCAUCACACUAAAUCCUGAGACUGGCUUCAAGAUGAUCGUUCUGCUUGUGUUGGCGAUGCUGACAGCAUGUGCUGCCGUUACUGAAGAUUUGUCGGAUCGAAUGUUCACUUUUCCACAGCAAAGCAACACUGCUCAUGUGAAGCUGAACGUAACAAGACAGGAAUUAAGUGUUGUUACUGUCUGUCACAGGUCCUUUACUGACCUCAAAAGAGAACACGCCCUCUUCUCUCUGGCCACAUCCUCCAUCCACAAUGACUUCCUGAUUUUAUGGAAUGGUCCAAAUAAGGCGAUGACGCCUCACAUUAGGGAUAAAAAGGUAGAAUAUGCAGGGUUCGACUACAAGCCGAACAUGUGGCACUCCAUUUGUACCACAUGGGACUCUAAGUCUGGACUGGUGCAGGUGUGGUUUGAUGGAAUUCCCUCGAUUAGGAAGUCCAUCAGCUCUGGGUCCAGCAUCACAGGAACCAUGAUGAUCACUUUAGGACAGGAGCAGGACUCCCUCGGUGGGGGUUUUGACGUUAAACAGUCUUUCAUUGGCAUGAUGUCGGACGUCCACAUGUGGGACUACAUCCUUUCCUCCUGCCAGAUCAAGAACUACAUGGAUGAUCGCCACUUCACUCCAGGGAAUGUGAUCAACUGGAAUGCACUGGACUACCAGAUUGUAAACAAAGUGUUGAUUGAGCAAAAAUUGAAUUCAUGUCACUGAACUUUUAAAACAAGACCAUUAAUUCGUCAGAAAGACAACCAUUUACUUAAUUUUACACUUGCAUGCUUUUAUGUGGGAUGUAAAUGCAUUUAGAGAAAAAGUCGAAUUAUAGAAUUUAUAGGUGGUAAAUUUAGAUCAAAUCUAAAGUUAGAAUAGAUCUAAAUUUACUGUGUCGUUAAGCACAAAAACAUUAAAGCCACAGGCAGUCAAACUAUCUGCUUUUUUUUUUGUUUAUUCCAAAUCCUUUCUGUUAACAUGGAGGAGGCAGGGUUUAUGACCAGUGGGAAUUGAAACACUUGGGAAGCUGUCAUGUCGUCCAACUUUUUUUUUUACAUGUUAGUCAUAACAUGUAAUUAUGUCCAGCCUGUAGGUCUGUCGCUUAUUUUGAAGGUCCUCUGCUCCCUAUUGGUCAAAGAUUUAUAAAUUCACUUUUAAACUGGUUUUGGUAUUUACAUGAGCUGAAUUAAUUAUUUUUGUGGACAUUGAAAUAAACAAUAUCCUUAUUCAAUCAGUGA